AGCGAGCAGCAGUCGCAGCCCGCGCCAGACAGCCAGCGCAUUGGCCAUGGAGCGCCUGGUCUCCCGCCGCACCGUCCCGCUGCUGGUGCGCAGCAGCGCCUGCCGCAGCCUCUUCGGGCCGGUGGACCACGAGGAGCUGAGCCGCGAGCUGCGCACCCGCCUGGCCGAGCUGAGCGCCGAGGACCAGCGCCGCUGGGACUACAACUUCCAGCAGGACGUGCCGCUGCGGGGCCCCGGGCGCCUGCAGUGGACCGAGGUGGACAGCGACUCCGUGCCCGCCUUCUACCGCGAGACGGUGCAGACUUCUUCGCCAAGCGCAAGAGACCUGCGCCCGAGAACAAGGCGUCUGGCGAGGUGCCCUCGGGCUGCGCGGCCUCGGGCGGCGCCCCCAACGUGGGCUCCGCCGAGCAGACCCCGCGCAAGCGGCUGCGAUGAGGAGCCUCGCGCCCGCAGAGCCCGGAGGGAGCCCGCUGGGCAGCGGACGGGGGAGCAGCGCGGGGCCUCGGCUGGGACCGUCUAUGUAGCAGCGACCGGCAGCAGCUGCCUGCAAGCAGCGUUCGGUUUUGUGUUUAAAGUUUGAAAACUGUGCAAUGUAUUAACGACGUCCUCUAUAUCUAACUGUAUUCUGCACGAGGAGCACACUGGUCCAAGGUGUAAAGCUUUAAGAGUCAUUUAUAUAAAAUGUUUAAUCUCUGCUGAAUCUCAGUGCAAAAAAAAUGAAAAAAGCAAAAAAAAAGCAAAAAAGAGAAAAACCUGUAUAUUUGUACAAAAAAUUUAAAAAGUUAUACUAACUUAUAUUUCCUAUUUAUGUCGAGGCGUGGGCCGCCCCGCCAUGCCACCUGGGGCACUGGCCAUGCCAAAGGCCCCCCCCGCCACCUGCAUCUGACUCUCGACAGCUGUAAACGGAUCUGCGGCGGCCCCGCCCGGCCCCCCGCCAGCCCCUUAGCUUGCAGCCCGCGCUAGUCUGUCCUCUUGCUCUCUCGCUCUCGCUCUCCCGCUCGCUCUCUCUUGCUCUCUCUCUCGCUCGCACGCUCACUGUGUCUUAAACUUGAAGGCAAAUCUGUUCGAAGGUUCCUGAGCCGACUGUAACACGGCCCCGGCCCUGCCGGGUUCAAAUAAAGAGGCCGAAAAAUGCUGCAACCCAGGCCCUUCUGUGCUCGUACGCCCCCAGUUCUC